AUGAGUUAACUUAGUUUUGUAAUUGCUAAUGCUUAAGAAGAGAUGAUCUAAAAGAGAGUCAAAUCUCUUAAAUUUCAACUCAAAGCUCUGGGACAGAAGAACACAGUUCUGCAAUAAAAAAUAAAGGACGUUAACAGAGCUAACUUAGACCACACAAAAUCACCUGUUUCUUAAUUGCAAGAGAAUCUCCACUUCGAUAGAAGGCAAGUCAUUGAAUUAUUCAAACCAAUAAUUGCGAAAGAGGCAAUCUACAUUCGAAAUGAGAGGUUUAAGUCAGAGCAGUUCAUGAUGUAAUCAAAGUUGAAUGAAAUUUAACAGAAAAAAAUUAGGGCUCGAUAAAUUGAAUAAUUCGAUGCUGACGCAAUCAGAAGAGUAGCGGAGUUUAAAGAGAAAAAGGUUACUGAAAUUCGUCAAAGAAAUGUCACAGAGAUUGAAAUCAACAAGUCAACCGUUCUGAGGAAGCUUGAACACAUCUCUGUUUUGGAAAAUGAAGAAAAAGAAUUAAUGAACAUGAUCUAACAAGCUAAACUAAAUACAACCUAGUUGCAGUAAAGAUUUAGCAGAGCCAUUACUUAAACAGAUGAAAGCUCUAUUCUACCCAAUAUCAGAAAAUUCAGCUGUAAUUAGAGAUUCGAGUCCCCAUUUAAAAAUCGAACCCCAAAUCACUAUUCAGAUAAAUUCUUGGAUCACAGCAACACCAGCAAUAAGAAAUAGCCCCAAUACUUCCUCUGUCGAAGAUAAUCAAAAUCAACUAACAAAUUAAAUAACGCCCAGCAAGAGGAAACGAAUGGAACUCCUCAAUGGGCAAUUCAAUUUAAAUAAUAUUACAAUAUGAGUAAUAAGGAGAAUUUUGAAGAUAAAGAGGAUUCUUAAGAAUAAUCAACAUAAUAGUGA